GAUCAAAUGUUGCCCAAUGGAACACUAGUGGAGACAUCAAGCCCUGCUUCAUCCUCAUCUCUACUUAAUAGGUUACAAUUGGAUGAUGAGCUGGAUGGUGAAACCAGGGAUCUCUUUGUUACAGUUGAUGAUCCAAAGAAACACGUGUCUGCGAUGGAGACGUUCAUUACGUACAGAAUUAGCACAAAAACCACCAGAAAUGAGUUUGAUUUACCUGAGUACACAGUCCGACGUAGAUACCAGGAUUUUGAUUGGUUGAGGACUAAACUGGAAGAAUCGCAGCCGACUCAUCUUAUUCCACCGCUUCCAGAAAAGUUCGUGGUGAAGGGAGUGGUGGAUCGCUUUUCAGAAGACUUUGUGGAAACAAGAAGGAAAGCACUCGACAAAUUUCUGAAAAGAAUCGCAGAUCAUCCUGUUCUUUCCUUUAAUGACCACUUCAAUGUUUUUCUUACAGUAAAGGAUCUGAAUCCUUACAAAAAGCAAGGCCUAGCUUUUAUCACAAAGAUGGGGGAGUCUGUAAAAUACGUUACCGGAGGUUACAAGUUAAGAAGUCGGCCUGUGGAGUUCGCUGCAAUGGGGGAUUACUUGGACACGUUUUCUCAGAAGCUGGGAACAAUUGACCGAAUUGCACAGAGGAUCGUCAAAGAGCAAGCUGAAUACUUGGUGGAGCUUCGAGAGUAUGGACCCAUUUAUUCCUCCUGGUCUGCUAUAGAAGAACAACUAAACAAGCCCCUCAUUGGGGUGUCGAAUUGUAUUGGCAGCUGCUGCAUAACUCUGGAAGACCUAUCUGAGGACAUGUCUGAUUACUUUCUUCCUGUCCUUCGAGAAUAUGUACUUUACAUAGAAUCAAUGAAGAAUGUGCUUAGGAAAAGAGAUCAAGUGCAAGCUGAAUAUGAAGCCAAACUUGAAACCACUGCUUACAAGAAAGAAGAGAAGCAAGGAACACCCACAAAUAUUGAAAAGUGCCAGGAUCGUGUUGAGUGUUUCAAUGCUGAUCUGAAGGCAGAUUGGGAUCGGUGGCAAAGCAACAAGAGACAGGAUUUUCGGCAGCUGUUGAUGGGAAUGGCAGACAAGAACAUCCAGUAUUAUGAGAAGUGCCUUGCAGCGUGGGAAUCUGUUAUUCCUCUCCUACAAGAGAAGCUGGAAGUUAAAAGCGAGGGCCACUCGUAGCUGCUGCUUUUGUGUUACUCACUGGCUGUUUCCUCUUUCAAUUGCCCAGUUCACAGUACUGGAAUAUUGCACUUUGGGGUGGGGGGUUGGGGGGAAGCGGUUGUUGAGGGGGAAGAAAGAACAUUAAAUAGACAGUUUUGUCUGUAGCUGUACAUCAAUAACACGUUGUACAAGGACACUCAAACUGUGGAAGAUGUGCUCUCUGUUCAGUGAAGGCUUGUUUGUUUUGUCCGCACGGUGUUAUCUAACAAUUCACUUUCAGCGGUCCGCUGAGUACGAGCUUUGUCAAAUACUCAGUGGUGAGGGAUAUAACUGAGGCCUUUUGCCUCAUUGACAUGAUUGAUUGUGCUCCUUGUGCUGUAGUUUUUUAUUUAACACUUGUUACACGUAAACAGUCUUGGACAUUUUUGAGAUACUUUGAUAGAUGCUUUGAAGCAUCCUAUUUAACCAAUUGAGUGCACUCAGGUGUUGGCUGGUAUUUCUGUGGAACGAUUUGAGUAAGCUUGUAUGCAGGAGAGCUCCAAGCAUUGAUUUAGUGAUGGAGAUACAAAGGCCUCAGACAAAAGGGAAGAAAAUGAAAAGUACUUGAUGUAAAUUCCUUUCUGUUCAAUUAUCUUUAUAAUACUUAACACUUAAUGUUUUAAGUCUUUGUUCCCUUGUGCAUGUUAGAGACCAUGGUAGCAGAGUGCUAAAUAACCUAGAAUCCUUUAUAGCACAGUAUUGUAAAACAUUUUUGAGACCAGCAUUAAUUGAACAUUGACAGCAUUCCUUUUUUUAAGUAUAUUGACAUACUUAUUGUAUGGAUCAUUUGUAGAGUACUGUAUCCUCUGCCCAUAAUCAAGCCAUUGUCUAAUUUAUGUAUAUUUUUUCCUAAUCGAUUUUUGCCAAGUUUUAUUUUCACAUUUUGUAAAAUUUGACAUCUACAUGUGGUAUCUUUAUCUAUGUAAUGUGUUUAGCCUGUAUAAAUGAAGUUGGUUUAUAAAAUCAUGCCCUAUGAUAAAUGCUUUCUGGGCAAGGCAGGAGGGGAUCAUAUCACUCGCCCCUGCCCUUGUUGUUGAGACCUGUUUGUAUGAAACCUGUUUGUAUGUGAAUUAAGUGAGUAUUCCAGAUAUUUAAUUAAAGAGAGUGAGAUAUUAUUAGCUACCAGAUCACCCAGGGAACAAACAGUAACUGAAUUGUGAGUAUACAAAAGUGCCUUUGUUGCAUGCAAUAUUUUAUAUAAGCUAAUUUGUGUUUAUUUUGGACUAAAUUGUGAGCAACCCUAGCUUUGUUUUCAUGGCUGCAGUACACUAAACUCUUGAGAAAAUGGGAAAAAUUGCCAAGGAGCAUGGUUACAUUGCUGCUUUCUUGCCUACUGUAAUGGAAUUAUCACACGUGGAUCAUGAAGAAAAAAAAAAUUACCACUAAGGCCUUUUUCGUUUGAGCGUUCUAAACUUAAAUCAACAAGCAUUUCAUAAACAAUUAAAAAAAAAAACCUGGAUUUUCGUCUUGGAGGCAUCAUGCAAAAUUAACGCUAAAGCUAGAUUUGAAAAACCACAACUACUCAUAGCUUUGGUUGUGUAAUUUUGCUUCAUGGCAUUUUAUUCAGAGGACUGAGUUAGGCAUCUGAUGACCCUGACUCGAUUUAACUGUAUUUUGCAGAAAUUGCGUUUUACCAAACCUGCACAUGAAAGUAAAACUGUUGAGAAUAUAAGGCUGAUAGUUAAAGAAAGCAAAAGACCAAUUAAAAACGUUUUCUGUGCCCCAGCAGUUUUUGAAGUGGGGAAAGUUUCCAAGAGUGAAGACAUUUUGUUUUUUUUCUCUCUUUUGAGCAAUUCAAUGCAUGCAUUAAACUGAAAGCCAAAGUGAUUGGGAAAGCAUCCCACCCCUUUCUCAUUUGAGAUGUGUAUGUGAUGUUUGGGUUUGUCUGCAGUUUAGAGGUUCAAUUUAAAGUGGAAUGUUCCCCACUUAAAAUUGGUGUAUCUCAUUCAGUUCUGAAUGAGAUCUUCCAAUUCCAUGUAUGAGCGAAAGCCCCAUGACUUCUGGAGUUAGAGUUGGCUGGGGAAAAGGCUCAGCUUUAAAAAGAAUCUUAAUUAAUACUCAUGAUUUCAAGGAAAGAAAAAAAAGUUUUGAUCAGAUGAGUACCACCAAAAUGUAUUCAGGGUGACUGUUUUGAUGGCACAUUUGUGAAUCACCUCGGGGUAUGUACUAAUCUGGCAAAUUUAAAGAAUUUCUGAACCUGAAAAUUGAUCAUUGUAAUUUAUCACAGUUCAUAGGUGAUGACUUGCUUAAAGUGCCAAAAUUUUACCAACGUCUUUAUGCAAAUGCAUUAAUGUUCUACAGGAAGUAGUCCAGGCGGAUGAUUUGAUCAAACGGCCUUUCAACAAGUUAGUGUGGAGGAAAUUAAACAUUGGAAGCCAUUUGAAAAUGAUGCACAUGGCAUAAGUGCUAUGGACAAGUAGCAUUGUAUGCUGUGCUCUGAAUCAUUCCUUCUCAUUGUUUUUUGCCUGGUGCUAACUUCUGGAAUGUGUUAAUCUUUGCGCUAGAAUUGUAACUAAAACUGUAAUGGGCUACACCACUACUGGAGAGCACUUUGAAUGGAGUUACAAAGGUACAUUUGCCCAGCAAAAAAAAAAAUUCCUGUUAGUGUUCAAUAUUGGCAGGCUUACAUGCUGUACGUCACAUUGAUUAGUGACCUCAUGGCGAUGUGGCUGUCUUCACCAGCUAAAAUAGCAAUAUGCAUGUGAAAUAAUUAAUGUAACUGGUUUAUAACAAGUUUUGAGGGAGGUGGCAAUCAAAAUACUGGCAUUCUUUUUCGCCAUGAGCUUAUUGGCACUAAUGGGUGGAGAAGAGAUGGUCAUGUAGUUUCAUUGUAUUGAAAUGUACCUGUGCAUUCAGAGAUCUUUUAUUGUAUUGUGGAUCAUUACAGUUUUACAGCAGAGUUGCUAGAAGUGAGGUAUUCAAUAUUUUGUUUAACUGCAUCUGUGUUGAAGCUUCUGACGGAUCUUGGGUUAAUUGAAGUGAUUGUAAUCCUCAAUUUCUGUUGAGGAUAGAUGGAUUUGUUUACUGUGAACCUUAAAGCAUGAAGUUUUGAUAUAAAUCAUGAAGGAGUUAGUAAAAUCAUUGUGGAUUAUUUAAUGUUGUACCCUUUCCCUAACAAGUUUGGUGCUAUGCUAACGCCAACAAUUCUUGCAAUCCAACUUGUACCUGUGGAUUUUUUUUGAACACUAUUGAAUAAACACUUGGGUAAACUGUUUGCAUUCAAA